AUGAAGACCGCUCUUUUCUCUCUCGUGGCUCUUGGAUGCGCCUUGGCCUACAUGGGUAUGGUCAUGGCCACCCCCGCCUUGGCACCCCAACCCCUGUCAGACAUGACCGCUUGCAAUGGCACCCAAUGUGGAGGAGGAUGUUGUCCCAUCGAAGGUUGGUAUUGUUGCGAAGGCGGUCACUAUUGCGCCUUAGGCUCCAGCGAUUGUCCCGGCAAGUCCAACAUGGUCGCUCCCCUCGAGCCCGUGGCCUCGUUGAAGCCUUUCUUGAAGGCCGGCGACGAACCUGGACUCUGCGAGGAUGGCGAAUUCGCUUGUGAUAAUGGAUGCUGCCCCAAUAUGGGCUGGUUUUGUUGCGAGGAUGGCAAGAACUGCGCUGCUUCUGCCGACAAAUGCCCGACCGUGAAACGAGUGAAGAACUUCUCGGCCUUGUUCAAGACCACUCAAUGCGAUGGGACCGUGUGCCCCGUAGGAUGUUGCCCUCACCAAAACUGGGUCUGCUGCGAAUUUGAAUCCUUCUGCGCUGACCAGCCCACUGAUUGUCCCGAGAAACCUUUGUAA